UGUAAACCUCCGUCAAAGCCUCUUAUAAGUGCUUGAGACCAAAAUUUUACAUUUACGACUCCAAGUGUGGAAGAUUUUGGAUUGCGGAUUGACCUUUUUUGACAAAACGCUCUCUUCGCGCGCGCAAAUUCAAAUCUCAUCGUACGGCGAUGUCAUGUCACGCAGAAUCACCAAAUUCUUAUAAUCUGUGUUGAAGUCUGGCUUGGAUAGCGAUUCGAGAACCAUGGGAGACAAGUCUAAUAUACUAGAUUCUAAGGACUCACAGAUUGAAUUUUCUGAAUUCGAUCGAAAGAGGAUAGAAUCUGUUGGCGAAGAUACCGAAUAUGGGGAUGAAACACAGAGCCUACUGGCCAUGGAAGAAAGAAGCAGCUAUUCGCAAAUUCCCUUUGGUUUUCAGAGUAGAGGGUCAUAUAAACACGCUUCAAAGAACUGCGAGAUUGUUGGAGGUACUAAAAACUCUCUAAUAUUCUCUAAUUUUAAUGACAUGUUUGCCUCACCUACCCUUGUAUCGAGGGUGAUCAUCUCCUUCCUUGCCCCCUGUGUGUUUCCCUUCCCUGCCCACCCGUCCCCUCCCAUCCCACUAGUGAGUAGGAUCAAUGAUCUUUUACAAAGAGUAGCAAAAACUUGGAGUAUUAUUCUGUACGUCCUGAUUAUGAAUUCAUUUGAUCUUACAUAUGUUGUCAGUGGCCGGUCUACUGUGCAUGCAUAUUUAUGUACAAGUUGACCAUUUCAUUUGUUCAUGCUUUUUAUAAUUUUUCUAGUGACGCACAAUUCCCGGUUUAGACAAUUUGUCUUUCUUGAUUCACGAGGUAUUACAAGUUGGUCAUAUGAAAGUGUCUACAAUACAGGUACACCUUUAUAAUUAAUAGCAACAACUCUUCAGUUUUUUGUCAUAUUAAAAGGUACUUGUAAAUGUAACUGUUAUACACAAACUGUACCAUCAUGCCUUUGCUUGAUGGAUUUGUACAUUGCUAAAAGGGAAAGAUUAGAAAACUUUCCAAAGAUAAUACUGGGAAAAGUCUGCAGUUAUUGCUCUGUGUGGUUCCUGUAAAUAUAGCAUGUGACAGUAGCUCAAAUAACAUUUCAGAGGCCUUUCAGGGGGGGGGGGAGGGGGGGACUGUAUGCUGUCACUUCCUUGGUCAUACAAUGUAUCUUGAACUGCCUGUUGCCUUCCAGUAGAUUUGGAAAAAAUGCCACUGUCACAUUUUUGAAAAUGUCCCUCCUGGAUCAGCAUAAUUGGUACACAUGUUAUACCUGGAAAAAAAUAAUUUUUAUUAACCUUUCUCCCUCAACGGACCAUUCUUGAACAAUCCCAUGAUUAGAACGUGUGUGAAAGAAAAUAACGGAAAUUAAAUUCUGGUUAAAAUUUUUUCCCAACCUACUAGGUUGAUUCUCUAUUUUCUUUGUCUUCUACACCCUAAAUUAAUUCAUCAUGAAUAGUUAGGGCCAGCUAGGAGACAUUACAGAAAUUGAGAAUCAACCUAGGUUAAAAAAAAUUUAACCUGAAUUUAAUUAUUUUGACCUGUAACAACUAUAAAAAUUAACCUAAGGGAAAUUGAUAUGCUGGUCAGUAUGAUAGCAAGUGUAGCUGGGCUUAAUACUAGAAACAGUGUUCUGCUCAUAGUGUGUCGUUAUUUACAUAUAGUACUAAUAAAAAAAAUAAUAUAUAAGCUGAUUAUUUAUUCAUUUUUAAAUUAAAUUUGCUUAAAUUUCUAGUUACAAGGCAUCUCAACUAUCCAUCUUACCAGUUUAAUGUCCUGCGACUGAUCAUAUUCUCAAGAAAAUUUAAUGUGUAUUUUGCCUUGUCAAAAGAGUAUGCACUGAAGGUGAGUUAUUAUGUUCAAGACAAAAUUAAUGUUACAUAAUAUGGUAAAUUUUGUGCACCUGACAGCAAUGUGAAAUGACUUUCCAGAAAAAAUAGCAUACCUCCAUGGAAAGUGUUUGGGUUCUAAUCAACUCUAUUAUCAUUUAUGCCUUUAACUCCUCGUCUAUUGAAGUUGUAAGUUAUGAUAAAUUGUUUUUCACUCUUACUUUUAACCCUUUAAGUUCCAAUAGUGACCAACAACAAUUUCCUCCUAACGACACCCUUACAUUGUCAAGAGAUGAAGUUAUGAGAAUUAAUAAAAUGAUCACCAAAGAGACAAUGCCAUGAUCUUUUAUCAAAUUCUCUUAACCAAUUAUUAAAAGAAAUGUAUGGAGACCAGUUUGGAGAAUUUGUAUGUGGAUAUUGGGGCUUAAAGGGUUAAAUCAAUGACAAGAUCCAGGUAUGUGGUUACCGUGCAAAUAAAACCUCUUUAGCAGUAUUUUCAUGUAGUCGAGUCUAACUUUUGAGUCUGUUUGUGUUUGAAAAUGGAUAGUGACAGGAACUGACCAGUGUAUAUUAUUUUUUUAGGUUUUCAACCUGAAUUUUCAUGAAGUCUUUUCAGUGUCAGCAGAGAUGCAUUCUGUAUUAUGCAUGGUGUUUAAUCACAGUAGAGAUGAGCUCAUUACUGGAGGAACUGGGGGCAUGAAGGUAACUGACAAGGCAUACAUACAUAUCAGUAGCAAAACAGUCCAGAAGAAAAAAAGUGUCUUUAUAAGUAUAAAUGUUGCUGAAGUUCUCUGAUCAUGAUCUAGAAGGGCCAAAAUGCUUUCAGGUAAUUACGUGCACCUUGCCUGCUACAUUGUAGCUCUGUUGUUGUUGUUUUUUCUUGUUUACUUUUUUUGCAAUCCAUACAUGAGUGGAAUGCAUUUUUUAAUUUUCUAUAAAUUUAUAGUUCUGGACAUUUGGAGAGAUUGAAAAAGACAGGCAAAAAGCUUGGGAGAGAGAUUCCAGACCAAUGGCCAACUAUGGUUUGGUGUUAAGGUAAUGAUAUGAAAUGUUUUAGAUCUUAAUCCAAAUCGCCCCAUCAAAUAGAAACAUAUUCACUUGCCAUGGAUUGUAAGAAGGCCUUUAAAUGCAAUAUCUGACAGAAGUAAAAGUGAAACUUAAUUUGCUUUGCGAGUUUUGAGAGCAGAAUUAAUAGCAACUAUUUAAAACAAUACAAAGGUUGACCCUCUCACAAUUUAUAAGAGUAGAACAUUUUGAGUCACGUUAUACUUUCAUGCUAUAUUUUGGGGGUAGAGGGGGUGCAUUUUGGAAUAGGAAAUGUACCAUUUGAAAAUAAGUCUAACUGGCCUAUUUUUAUUCAUAUUGAUAGAAGUCACUAUACAGCCCCAGUUUAAAAAUGUGCAGCCGCACGGCAGCCCAAUUAGCCCCUACUGUCUGUGGCGAUCUUGUUCUUGAAAAAAACCAUAUCCUCCCUCACCUAUAAAUUUUGUCUCUUUGUCUAAAUGCAAUCGCAACUACAAAUAGAAAAUUACACAAGUCAAAGGAUAAGUUUCCUUUUUUCCAUUAUUUUGAUUGGCCAGAAAUGAGACUUGACCAGGCAAAAAUUUCUUUGGUUGGUCAUCAUGACAACCCACUGUCCGAGAAUAAUUUUGAGCCAAGCUGUAUUAAAAGCUUAGUAUAAUUUGGUACUACAAUGUACACAUGUGAAUCAUUGGUUAUGACUUAAAUAACAAAGUUUCUCCUUGCACUCACAGGGCAUCAUAUCCAGACAUGGGGGGAAGCUGGGUGAAGCAGGUAGAGCUGGAUGAAGCAAUGCAGGUAACAACAAUAAUAUCCUGAUAAUGCCAACUCUCCCGGAUACGGCACUGAUCCUCCUGAAUAAAAACGACUUUUGAGUAUUUCUGUGCUUUAAUACGAACUUUCGCCCUUUUUUCCCCAAAACAAUACAGUUUCCGGAGCAUAAUUGCAUGUUAUAGUCACUUACAAAGACUAUUUCGUCAUUACUAUGAUGAAUGCAAACUUUGAUGGUAUAUAAUUCUUGUAAGAUUUCAUAUAAUUUGUCCUAAGCCAUUUCAUGACUGUCAUAAUUUUGGGGCUGGGUCAAUUUGUAGGGUGGGGUACGUGGGGUAUUGAUGACAUGUGGUGGGGGUAGUCCAAAGAUAGAGUCUCCAGAUUUUAGUUCUCCAGAGGUAAUUGGCAUCUCUGCAAUAUUAAUAUUCUAAACCAGGUGGAAUAAUGAUCAUCUGGGCGAGUGUUGUGCUGAAAGGAAUUGUUAUACAUGUACAUUGUAUGUUAUGAUCUCUUGGAUGACAGAGUCAUUCACUGUAAACAACAACAGUCCUUAAUUACAGGACUACACUGAUACCGAUGAUCAUAUGGAUCAGUUUACCACCUACCCCUCCCCUAAGCCAACAUUAUAUUUUGCCCUAAGUGAGAAGUAGGUGAUAAUGUUGGCUUAGGGGAGGGGUAGGUGGGCAGUUUCCCAGAAACCUAAAUUUUUCGGAUCAUAUUUCUCCUACUUACAUUUACAUUUACAGCAACAUGUGUGAAAUAACUCCUUCAUUCAAACCAUUAUAUUUUCUUCCUGCUUUCGUCCCUACAGUCAUAUGAUUUCCUUUACAUUAACUUUAUUUAUUUAUUUCUUUGCAGCGUCUGUACUGUUUAUCUGAACGGAAUGUUGUAGCUUAUGACAUGGUGGGAAAUCAUCUCUUCCAGAUAGUGGAGUAAGACUUUUGACAGCUUUUUUAACCCUUUAAAUCCCAAAAGUGACCAAAGUCAAUGUUCUCCCAACAAAAUCAAUACAUAAUCAAGGGAAAAUGUUGUGAGAAUUAACAAAAUAAUCACCUGGCCCCAGUUGUUCAAAAGGUGGAUAAUACUAUCCACCUGGCCCCAGUUGUUCAAACAUUGGAUAGCGCUAUCCAACGUUUGAACAACUGAUUAAAAAUGUGCAGCCGCACGGCAGCCCAAUUAGCCCCUACUGUCUGUGGCGAUCUUGUUCUUGAAAAAAACCAUAUCCUCCCUCACCUAUAAAUUUUGUCUCUUUGUCUAAAUGCAAUCACAACCACAAAUAGAAAAUUACACAAGUCAAAGGAUAAGUUUCCUUUUUUCUAUUAUUUUGAUGGGCCAGAUCGGAAAUGAGACUUGACCAGGCAAAAAUUUCUUUGGUUGGUCAUCAUGACAACCCACUGUCCGAGAAUAAUUUUGAGCCAAGCUGUAUAAUUUAAAAGCUUAGUAUAAUUUGGUACUACAAUGUACACAUGUGAAUCAUUGGUUAUGACUUAAAUAACAAAGUGUCUCCUUGCACUCACAGGGCAUCAUAUCCAGACAUGGGGGGAAGCUGGGUGAAGCAGGUAGAGCUAGAUGAAGCAAUGCAGGUAACAACAAUAAUAUCCUCAUAAUGCCAACUAUCCCGGAUACGGCACUGAUCCUCCUGAAUAAAAUCGACUUUUGAGUAUUUCUGUGCUUUAGUAAGAAAUUUAGCCAAUUCUUUUCCAAAUCAGAACGGUCUCUGGGGUAUUUUUGCACAUUAGCCAGUUACAAGGACUAUGUCGUCACUACCAUGAUUUAUGCAAUUUUUGAUGGUAUGUAAUUCAUGUAAGAUUUCAUAUCAUGUCCUAAACCAUUUUCAUGACUGUCAUAAUUAUGGGGCUGGGUCAAUUUGUAGGGUGGGGUGGGGUAUUGAUGACAUAUGGUGGGGGUAGUCCAAAGAUAGAAUCUCCAGAUUUUAGUUCUCCAGAGGUAAUUGGCAUCUCUGCAAUAUUAAUAUUCUAAACCAGGUGGAAUAAUGAUCAUUUGGGCGAGUGUUGUGCUGAAAGGAAUUGUUAUACAUGUACACUGCAUGUUAUGAUCUCUUGGAUGACAGAGUCAUUCACUGUAAACAACAACAGUCCUUAAUUACAGGACUACACUGAUACCGAAGAUCAUAUGGAUCAGUUUACCACCUACCCCUCCCUUAAGCCAACAUUUUGCCCUAAGUGAGAAGUAAGUGAUGAAGUUGGCUUAGGGGAGGGGUAGGUGGGCAGUUUCUGAGAAACCUAAAUUGAUCCGACCAUAUUUCUCCUACUUACAUUUACAUGUACAGCUACAUGUAUGAAAUAACUCCUGCAUUCAAACCAUCAUAUUUUCUUCCUGCUUUCAUUCCUAAAGUCAUAUGAUUUUCCUUUACAUUUAUAUAUUUAUUUCUUUGCAGCGUCUGUACUGUUUAUCUGAACGGAAUGUGGUAGCUUAUGACAUGGUGGGAAAUCAUCUCUUCCAGAUAGUGGAGUAAGAUUUUUGACAGCUUUUUUUAACCCUUUAAACCCCAAGAGUGAUCAAAGUCAAUUUUCUCCCAACAAAAUCAGUACAUUAUCAAGGGAAAAUGCUGUGAGAAUUAACAAAAUAAUCAUCUGGCCCCAGUUGUUCAAAAAAUGGAUAACACUAUCCACUGGAUAAAUCACUAUAUCCAGUGGAUAGUGCAAUUGGUUUCCCUAAUACUUAUCCACUUGAUAGUGAUUUAUCCAAUGGAUAGUGCUAUCCAACGUUUGAACAACCCAGGCCUGAUGGGAAAAGCUUUGAUAUACAAACAAAUUCUCUUAACCAAUUCUUCAAGGAAAUGUAUGGAGAAUUUGUCUUUGGAUAUUGGGGUUAAAGGGGUUAAACUUGUGUAGCAAAAUUCUAUGUUGAGCUUAAAAGACAAUUUUCUGUGUUCACUUUCAAAUUGUUCCUCAGUUCAGUGAGUAGAACUGAGUUUGCAUUUGUAUUCAAAAUCAUCAGAUCAUGAGCAUCCGGUCCUUAUUCUUCUACUGAAGUUUCAGUUUUUCUUAUUUACAUAUACUGUGUAGGAAUCCCGAGAAAUGUGUGGGGGAGCACCUUUCAGAGCCCCUAGCCCAUUAUAGUCUAUUUUGUGGCGAAUUCAUAGACCCCAUCUUAGUCACUUUUGGGCAAUAUGUAGUUUUCGUGAUCCCAACUUAGUCACUUUCUAUUUAUGUACCUACCUUAUAAUGAAUGAAGAACAGUUUACUCUUCACAGGUCUACAGUACAAACAUUCUGGUACGUUUGCCAACCGUAAAUAUGAAGAACUGUCUUACCCCCAAAAUCCGAAAAUGUGCGACCCCAUUCUAGUAACUCUAUUGAAAAUGCGACCCCAUCCAGUGACACAUCCCCGUUAGCCUCUUGCCUCUUAUAAGGAAGUAACCCCCCUCCCCCCGGGAGCACGGAGUUGUGCCACAGGCCUUUAAACCCUGAUCUUGUUGAAGGCAAAAAUUUUCCAUUUUGCUUCCCUGUUUAAGACAAGAGAUCUUAUGUUCCUGAUUCGAUUCUUUUUGCGUACAGAAUAAAGUAAUUUUUCAAAUUCACAUGAAGAAUUAGAUGUUUUUGAAAACAGAAAAAAAAAACGUUCGAGACUCAUUAAGACCCCGAAAACCAUACCACCAAACUAUACCAAAUUAGGGUGUGCCCCCCAGGAGGGGGGGGAGGGAUAGAGAUGUAAGAAUCAAGGAAUCAUGUGACUCAGCAUUAAUUUUACCUUAUGUUUAACUUUCUAGUGCCCACAGAGGACCUGUAACUGGCUGUGUUUACUCUAAAGCCUGUAAUUUUCUUGUAACUGUGGGGACUGAUUGUGACGGUAAGAAAACAAAAGUUUUCGUGUUUCAACAGUUGAACUUCUUAAUGUAAUAUAGCCGAGGCGCACAGUGGGAACUUUAAAGGAUAGUCUGGGACCAGGCUGCUUAUCAAAGAAAAAGGACGAAUAACGAGGCAGGCGCGCGCAAAAAAAAGGCGAACCGAGCAGGGGAUUAGGGAGGAAAAGAGGAGCCCCAUUCCCCUUGCCACGGAGUACCUCGCUCGGCUUGCUUCAAUCAUCGAUCUUUUUGUGCCCGGUCAAAAACAUUCCGUCCAGUAGUCAGGGACAGGUAGAUUUUCUGGCUAGACAAGUAACAUGGAGAAGUUACUUGCGCAAUGGGAAACCUUGGCUCAAGACAAGUCAUCCUCUAACAAAAUCAUAAACUGGGACAAGCGAGAGGUUGCUAAUGGUAAGCAAAAAGGAAAAGCUUGAAUUCAAGAUUUUUUGAGCCCUCCCUGUUAAUCACCUUUUUUCCCUCUCCAAGGAACCUUUUCCCAGCCUUAUUAAGCCCUCUGACCCGCCACAUAAACGCGUAUUUCGGGAAGCGCUAAACGCGUUUCCUUCACUCGCUUAUCUCUGUCCUGAACAGUCUUGUCUCAUCAUGCUAUAAUUGGAGCACAAGAAAAAGAGUUGUUAUCCUGCGUUUCUUGUCAUGUUGGGCUUCCUUUUUAGAUGACUUGUACAUGUAGCGCUCAGCAAUACUCUUUUUUGUUCACUUUACCCUACCAGCUAUAGCCUCCCUCGCAGCAGUUUUUGUCUCGUCACGCAACGCACCUCCCUUGCGUUGCGUGACGAGACAAAAACGGCUGCGAGGGGUUCUUCGACGGAGACUAUUCCAGUUUAUACAGUAGCUGAUUUAAUAUAUUAUGGUAAUUUUCAGUGAAUGUUUGGAGCAGAUCAAAAAGUGGCGGGAAGGUGCAUACAUUUACUGGCCAUUCGAAAGUAAGGAUUUUUUAUUUUUAUUUUUGUUAGAAUAAUACUUUACGUUUGUCAAGUCUGAUUAUAAACCUUAAAAGAGCUGUGUCCCGGCUGUCUUGUUCAUUUGUUAACAUAAUGCCAAUUUUAACGCUUCGUUAUACGCUACAGCCUCCCACGUAGACGUUCUUAGGAGUUCGUCACGCGUUUCUGCCCCAGGAGCGCGUGACGAACUAGGCUAUAUACGCUAUGAACUUAAUGUUUACAAAGAAAUUACUGAACACGACAAAAUCACAGCUUCUUGUCCAACAAAUGAACUUCUCAAGCAUAACAUCAGACGUUACAAACACCUAAAACCAACUUUGAAAAAACUGUUUGGCUAACAAACUUUCAAAACUCAUAACUUCAAUCCGGCCGUUUUGUUCUUCUUCAAGUUUGUCCAUCUGUGCCUACUUUUUUAUGUGCUGUGAUGUUUAUACCUUCUUUUAAAGUUUUGAGAGAUUAUUUCUAUAUUUCACUCAAAUUGGUAGCAGUUCCUGUUGUUCGAAUUUUUAUAAAAUUCGUGACACAGCUCCUGUACCUGUAAGUCCCUCCGUAGUUCAGAGCGGGAUAGUGCGCCCGAACUGUACAACCCUGAAAAUCGUUGCCGGCGGGAAUCCCGCGGGUGUACGACCCACUCACACUUUUUUCUUUGCUCAUUUUUGUUUUCUGUUCUUCAAACCAGGCAAUAACAAAAAUAAUGCUCCACCCAGAAAAUUCAGCCUUGGUGAUAACAGCUGCUAUGGAUGGAAUAGUGAAAGUGAAUUCAUUGGACUUCAUGGAGGAAAUAUACAGGUAAACAAAACAGCAGCGACAACAACAACAAACAUACGAGAGCCCAGGCGCGUUGCUGUUCACUUUUUAAAAAGUCUUUUCUUGAUGGUCGACAAAACCAUAGCGGUUAUUGUUCAGGUGUGAAUGAGUUUUCCUCAAGUCUGUACAGUCUAAUAGUCAAUAGUUAGCGGGGCAACCAAAUUUAUGCAUUGAAUGCUUUUCAACUGUCGCUGUCAUUGCUGUUACAGUUGUCGUCCCAAACGGAUCUUAUUUCCUUUCUCUUUUUGAAACUGCAAAAGAAUUCAACUCCAGGAAAAAUCGCCUACAUUUGACAAAUUUAGCGGCUUCGAAUAGACGCGAUAAAGUUUGAAAGGACGCAAAUUGAUUUUUUUUAGCGACGUUUUCACUACCGUCGUCGUCAUCGUUGCCUACAUUUGCAGAGGAUAUUGACAUGCCAUAAACCUUAUGUUUCAGCCUGCCCGUGUUUCCAGAGGGUAUUUACUGGAUGCACGUCGUCUCGUCAAAGCUUAUUUACUGCUGUUCCAAUCGUGUAAUUGAGGUUUUCUCUCUCAAUCAUGUCUGCGAUUUCUGGGCUUUGUCACGCUGUUCGGUGACUUCACUGUCCUUAGAAACAUGCAGAGGAAAAUCCACGCGUGUUAUGGCGGUGGGAAAUGAUAGCAGGUAAAGUCAUUUAGGACACCGUAGAAUUCCGAAAAUAAGCCCCGGGGCUUAUAUUUUUCAAAGGCCCUUUUUGAGGGGCUUAUUUUUGGACGGGCUUAUCUACGGAGGGAAAUUUGCGUUUCAAAAUCGAUUGGGCUAGCUUUAUAGUUGGAAGUAAAUUUACCGUUUUUGCUUUGUUUUACUUUGUAUUUGAGGGCAAUUUUCCAAGUGCAAGCCCCCGGGGGGCUUAUAUUUAAGGGGCGAUUUAACGGAGGGUUUUUUGCGUUACCGUUUUGGGGGGCUUAUAUUUUGAGGGGCCUAUACAUGGAGGGGUUUAUUUUCGGAAUUUUACGGCAUGUUCACACUAUACUGGACAGCAAUUGCGCGUGCGCGAAAACCACACCGGAUGGGGUUUCUGUUCACACACAAGAACGGUGAUUUCUGCGGUAAAGGAGCGAAGCUGUUCCACACCGAUCUCGAAGGUGGAGCAUCACCUAUCAGCUAUAGGGUCUGUGCGAGGACUGCAAUCCACUUAGAUGGAAUUAAAUAUUCAGGGCUGAGGACUGGGAUUUACCUCACCGAACCCUCUCGGCCAACCGCUCCUGCCUCAUUUUCGAUGUGUGUGAACGACUUGUUCCAGUUCUGUGCCGUUGCUGUUCAUACUAUACCGUGUUCACACUAUACCACGUUCACACCAUACCGUGUUCACACUAUACCGUGUUCACUCUAUACCGUGUUCACACCAUACCGUGUUCACUCUAUACCGUGUUCACACUAUACGGUGUUCACUCUAUACUGUGUUCACACCAUACCGUGUUCACUCUAUACCUUGUUCACACCAUACCGUGUUCACACUAUACCGUGUUCACACUAUACCGUGUUGGCAGGGAAAGCUAUCCGGAAAAGUGUGAGCAUAGCGUUAGUCUGUGUAACUUGCGGUAUUGUUGGGGAGGGGUAACGCAGGGAAGCGCGACUUAAUUGCGCGCUCGCCCGAAAAAAUCACCAGCUACGCCGGCUAAAAUUGAUGGUAAGCCCAUAUUUGUGCAACAGUACGCUUCUCAAUAUUGCUGGCUCCAACCCCCUGGAGCGUUUGGCAAUGCUUGAAAGUCAUCAAAACGAGAGCCAAUCAACGUCCUUUUCUUCUUUGCGAUUGAUGUAACAUUUGGAUCGCUUUUUAGCUGAUGUCGUAGCCAACAACUGUUUUAUACGUUUUUCUUUUUCGUUUAGUGUUCGCUUGAUCUCCCGGAAGCGCCAGAAUCUCUCCACAGUCCUCCCCCCGCCACCCAUUUCGCCUCUAAAUAUGGUGAAAGAUGUGGCAUACAGCAGGGAGUUUAACAUGAUGUACUUGCUGAUUGAUGAGCAGGAGAUCUGGGUCUAUUAUACCAGGUACUGUACAGUUAGUUACGGGAAUGCCCCAGUAAGAAGAGGUUAAAGGGCGAAUGGUUGGGAGCUUAAGCAAAGACGUUUUGAGCGACGCAUGUCAGCCAGGAGAUACAGCCCUUUACAAUAAACCCUUUCCUAGCCUGCGAAAACAUCCGUUUCUCCUCGUUUUUGGCCACUGGGGACGUUUCGUGCGGAGGAGGUUCCUCCUAGCGAAACGUCCCCAGCGACGAAGAGCGAGGAGAAAAACGGAUGUUUUCGCAGGCUAGCCUUUUCCGGGUUUCCCCAAGCCUCUGUUCCAAACCGAGGCUAAGUGCGACGCCAUCAUGAAAGUGAUUUUUUAUUCUCAUGCAGAUAAAGCUCACUUUCCCAAGAGAGGAUUUGCACUUAGACUCGUUUUAUAAGUUUAAGCUUUUUUAUAACUUGGAAAUGACCUAUUCAAUCCCAGCACGAUUCGACAACGUUCGAUAAGCUGAACGCGGUGGAAUAAUGAUGAUAAACUUUGAAAGAGCGCGGAUUUUCUUUUAAAGUAGCGUUGUCGCUGCCUUCACGGUCGUUGUUGUUUAAGCUCCCUAACCUCCCUAAUAUUCGAGUCACAGAGUCCGAAAAGUUCGACGUCACCAAUAUUUGUUGAGAUGCUUAGAAAGAAAGGAACCAAAUAUGCUUUCUUGCAAAAAUUCAGCAUGUAAAGGCAAGUUGGCUCUGAGAAGUUAGCACCGUAACUUUUGUUGUCCUAAGGGCUCAUGAUGAUGAUCUAUUUUGUUUAUUUAAUUUUUUGGCAGGACUAAUCCAGCUACUCGCGUAGAAUCCUGGAAACUAGAUUUCAUUGAAGAUAUCCAUAGCCAUCACUCCCAGGAUGCAACGUCAAAAUCCCGAGCAAGCAGUCCAUGGCUAAGCGAGGGACACAGGUAUCGUCCGUAUGCCAAUUAAUAUCAGUGUCUUUCCCCUCCUUUUCACCGGAACCAGGAAGUACAAAUGUCAGUAGUAGCUGUGUUUGUUUUUCUUCUUUUAUUUCAGACUAGACUAGUAAAGGGAAGAUUUUUCAUUAGCUUUGAGUGACCUUUUCUCCUGUUAGCAAUAAGCAUAGUCUUCUUUUCCGCUGAUUUAGACGCAUUUUUAUCCGCUCUCCAGACAAUUAAUGGUUAUUUUCCGUGAAGAUUUUAGAACAGUUUACACGGAAAUAUUUAUCGUGGUGAUCUGUCAACCCGACAUAACGGUCAGUUUUUACUGUACCUGCAACAUUUAAAAUCUACCCGAUUUCAAAGAUUUCUCGUGAAGCAACUUUCUUUGAAAAUCGGGCCGGUUUUUCUUUUUUUGUUCNUACUCGCGUAGAAUCCUGGAAACUAGAUUUCAUUGAAGAUAUCCAUAGCCAUCACUCCCAGGAUGCAACGUCAAAAUCCCGAGCAAGCAGUCCAUGGCUAAGCGAGGGACACAGGUAUCGUCCGUAUGCCAAUUAAUAUCAGUGUCUUUCCCCUCCUUUUCACCGGAACCAGGAAGUACAAAUGUCAGUAGUAGCUGUGUUUGUUUUUCUUCUUUUAUUUCAGACUAGACUAGUAAAGGGAAGAUUUUUCAUUAGCUUUGAGUGACCUUUUCUCCUGUUAGCAAUAAGCAUAGUCUUCUUUUCCGCUGAUUUAGACGCAUUUUUAUCCGCUCUCCAGACAAUUAAUGGUUAUUUUCCGUGAAGAUUUUAGAACAGUUUACACGGAAAUAUUUAUCGUGGUGAUCUGUCAACCCGACAUAACGGUCAGUUUUUACUGUACCUGCAACAUUUAAAAUCUACCCGAUUUCAAAGAUUUCUCGUGAAGCAACUUUCUUUGAAAAUCGGGCCGGUUUUUCUUUUUUUGUUCCUAUGUGUUUUCUGGAACAUAUAUCGCAAAAAUGUGCCGACAAAUUGUAUCUUGGCAACCAGCAAUAAGCAUAUUCUUAAACCUUCGAAGACCAGUGGCAUUGAAAAGUAUUGUAUCCUGUGUGCGAAAAAUGUUCCUGUUCCGAUCGAGCGGAGUUAUUGCUCGUUUUCUCUCUUGUCCAACUUUCGCGUCAAACUCGCGAGGAAACGGUUGCUACGCAAGCUACUUGAAUGUUGCCCAACUAUACCAUCAAUGAUCUCAUGUAUCAUACAUCCCUCUCGUGUAUCACUGGUUUUCCCUAGAUCUCCAAGCCCUAACGCCGGCGAUUCACCUUCACGCGGACCUAGUCCCCUUUUUUCUCAUGAGGGUACCGGCAGGGAAUCUUCUUUGUCUACCCGUAAAGAGAAAGUAUUGAUCACGUGCGUCGGAAUACUGUAUUCUCCAAUCAUAAUGCAGUCUGUGGAAGGACAAGCAUGCCCUGAUGCUACUCACUUCUUGAUGGCGGGAACGCAGGUUUGUUAUACAACAGUAUACGCAUAUACGUAACAUUUUCCAGUUUAGUGGCAGUCUGUGCUCUAUUUUAUUAUAGUCACAACGCAGCCACAACGACGACGUCGAAGACAACGUCGCGGAACAAUUGAAUAAUGUAAAGAGCAACUCCGCAAGUAUAGUUAGCACUGUUUGCUACAAGCCAAUGAGGAGUUGGUCCAACAAACAGGAAGAUAGCCAAUACAUUGUGUUUGCUCGGGUAGCCAGUCAGAAUAAAGAAUUCGCUUCAUCUUCGGGAACGUGUCAGACAUUCGAUUCAAUAAUAGGCUGAUUUAGCAACAGAACGGGAACGUCAGUUGACAAUGGGGCGCGCAAAUCAAACAACUGGCUUGACCAAUGGCUGAGUGGCAAAUUGGGCACCAGAAGUCGAGUUUAGUCCUUUCCGCGCGCUUUCCCGUCGUCAAAUGACGUUCCCGUUCUAUUGCUAAAUCAUCCUAAUAGGAUUCAUGGUGGCGAAAACAAGCUAAUUUUUUUCCUCUUUUACGACUAAGAUAACAUGUGAGAUCCUCAACAUUUCUUUUGCGGGAAAACUUGUCGUUCUAAAUUAACAAUAAGACUAAAGUCUGUAAAAAGAUGUACGUGUAUGCUUUACUGUACAAUAUAAUGUUUUUCAACCCUUUUCUCCUCAGGAUGGAAGAGUUUUGUUUCUCCACAUGUUUUGGAAAGGUCUAAAAUAUCAUCAACUACAAGCUAAUAAGGACGCUGUAAGUAAUAAGUUAAAACUGUAACAACGGCACUGCUUAUUACUACGGCAGAAUAAAUAAGGAAAAUUAUCUUUAGAACCUCUUUUUAAUUUUGCUUUUAACAUAAUUUUAAAGAGACAUCCCCCUCCCAAUUUAAUCGUGGUCGUCAUCAUCAUCAUCAUCAUCAUCAUCAUCAUCAUCAUCAUCAACGUCGUCGUCGUCGUUGUCAUGGUCAUCAUCAUCAUAGAAUUAGGUCUCAAAUUUUUCAUCUCCAUACUGGUCUACCAAUUUCAAAUCACGUUCCCUUUGUAUUAUUAUUUAUACUGUAGGUCCUCGAGCUGUACCACGAUCAGGUUAUGAACACCCUGGUUACAAAGUGCAGGCAUCGACCCUAA